UCCCAAAACUCCAUACUUUGCCGCUAUAUAGCUCACGUCCCAACUCCCAAAGCCAUUUUUCCUCAUUCAUUCUAUGGCUCGCAAUAUCGAAAUUGAGACUAAAGAAGAGAAGCCAAAAUUCCCUAAAAGCUUGUUUUUAUUGUUCCCAAAGCUUCCUUUCAACAGAAAACGCAGUGUUGAAGCUGUGAUUGAAAAGAAACCAAAUGAAAAGCAGUUGGGUGAUGAGAUGAAAAAGAGCAAAAAGGCUGAUGUGGUGAAGUUGUCAGAGACUCGGCCAGCAGCUCCUUCCCCACUGAAGCUGGAAGCCCAACAGUCUGAAAGGAAUUCCAAUCCGACAAUUCUGUGGCAGAAACAAGUCUUAGUCCGAGCCCAGGUUAAGCAAUGGCGGAAUCAGAGAACAAAGAAAUUCGAAGCCAAAAUGAAAAUCCUUUAGAACCCAGAAACAUUUUCUCAAUGUUACCCAAGAUAGAGCUGAAAUUCCCUUUCUUUAACCAACACUCUAAAGAAGCAGAUGCCUCGGUUAAAAAAGAGGAGGAAAAUGAAAUUCUAAAACCACCAUCUUUAUUUAUGGGAAACCGCCUGAAAUUUCCGCCGCCUUUGGAAUUUGAGGCGGAGGAGUGCGUUGGGAGGACUUCUAACCCUAUAGUUCUCUGGCAGGUUUAUGCCAUUGGUGGUUUCUUUCUACUAAAAUGGAUUUGGGCAAGAUGGAAGGAAAGGAAGGAGAUGGGAGCCAAAAUGGAAUCAUCCGAUGACGAGGGCGAGCAGCCUCCUGCUGAUGAUGAUUCUCAAUAUGUGUGAUAAUCUUUGGAUUAUGUUUUAUCAGACACUUUUACAUUCUGGAUUUUAGGAGUUAUACUUUGCAGAUAUCUUAUCAGAGUCCAAGUUUUUAA